AUUUGGGGGGUCGUCUUCUGGUGCCUCCUGCGUACCAGGAUCCCAGGCGCUGGGACCUCACUUCUCCCUUCGCGUUGUCCACAGUGCGGUAUCGUGUGAGCUGUUUUUGUUUUGGGCGUCGUGUGGUGUCUUUUGGGGGGUCGUUGGGCAGGUCUCGCUUCAGAAAGUGUUGGUCCUCUCGACGCCCCAUCUUUCUCCUGCUCUGGUUGUCUUUCUCCUACUCCGGGUCUCUCCCUUGGGAGAGAGUGCUUCCCCUAAAUGGCCACCUGAGCCCUCCCUGCUCCACCUGAAGGUGGUGAAUCACUAACAGCCGGUCAGAGGGGCUUUGCCUCCCACCCCCCCACCUUGGCAGCCCAGAGGGGACCAGGCACGAGUGUGGGCGGGAAAAGAACCCUGUGGUUAGGUUAGGAGGGAGAGUUUCACGUGGACAGUGACAGGGAUGAGUUAGUGCGGAUCCUGAGGCUGAUCACACCUGCGUGUCCCCUCCCACUGGGGGCAUUUCUGACCAUGCGGGGCCUGACCCAGCGGGACAAGAGCCGCCCCCGCAGGUUGGCAUCCAGUUGCACCAUCAGUAGAAAUACUCUUUUGGGGCCAGAGUUUGGGUACAUAGGAAGGCAAAUUCUCACCCUCUCACAGGCACGCCCAGGAAUCGCGACUGAGAGGAUCACAUCUCUGUUCAGGAUGAGCACGUGCUGCUGGUGCACGCCGGGCGGCGCCUGCACCACCGACUUCCUGCAGCGCUACGCGGCCCAGGGCGGCGAGUUCCAAGCAGCGGGCGAGUUCCAGACCGCAGACGAAGACCUCUGCUACUGCUUAGAGUGUGUGAUUGAGUACCACAGGGCACGGGACGAGCUGCCUGUCUUGCACGAGGUUUUAUGGGAAUUAGAAACCCUGCGUCUCAUAAGUCACUUUGAGAAGUCUAUGCGGGGAGAGAUCGAAGACGACGACGAAUUGUACAUAGUGGACAACAACGGGGAGGCCCAGCUGUUCGACUGCACGGGCCAGGACUUCGAGAAUAAGCUGCGAGUCCCAAUCCUCGAAAUUCUGAGAUACCCUUACCUGCUUCUCCACGAGCGUGUCAAUGAGUUAUGUGUGGAAGCGCUUUGUCGGAUGGAGCAAGCGAACUGCUCCUUCCAGGUGUUUGAGAAACAGCCUGGGAUCUACUUGUUUUUGGUCCAUCCUAAUGAAAUGGUUCGGCGUUGGGCGAUCCUGACAGCAAAAGGCUUGGGAAAAGUGGAGCGAGAUGACUAUUAUGACUUACAGGAGGUUCUGACAUGCCUCUUCAGAGUCAUCGAGUUGGGGCUUUUAGAAAAUCCAGACAUCUAUACUUCGUCUGUCCUCGAGAAGGGUAAACUGGUUAUCCUGCCCUCGCACAUGUAUGACACUACCAGCUACAAAAACUACUGGCUAGGGAUCUGCAUGCUGCUGACCAUUCUCGAGGAGCAGGCCAUGGACUCGCUGCUGCUGGGCUCCGACAAGCAGAACGACUUCAUGCAGUCAAUACUGCACACCAUGGAGAGGCAGUCGCAGGAGGAUAGUGAAGAUCCUUUCUGGCCAGCAUUGCACUGUUUCAUGGUGAUUCUGGAUCGCCUGGGAUCCAAGGUUUGGGGUCAACUUAUUGAUCCAAUUGAGGCGUUUCAGACCAUCAUCAACAACUCGAGCUACAACAGAGAGAUCCAGAAUAUCCGGAACAGCUCUGCGAGGACCAAGUCCGAACCAGAGUCAUGUCUGGAUGAUAUGGUGACUUGCAGCCAGAUUGUAUACAAUUACAAUCCUGAAAAGACCAAAAAGGACUCGGGGUGGAGAUCAGCCAUUUGCCCGGACUAUUGCCCGAACAUGUAUGAAGAAAUGGAGACAUUGGCCAAUGUGCUCCAGUCAGAUAUCGGUCAAGACAUGCGUGUUCACAACAGCACGUUUCUGUGGUUCAUCCCUUUUGUUCAGUCCCUCAUGGACCUUAAGGACCUUGGUGUGGUUUAUAUACUAGAGGUUAUUCACCAUCUGUACUCCCAAGUCAAAGAUGUCCUCAGCCAAACAGUUGUCACGUGUGACAAAGUCACUGAAUUUUUUUUCCUGAUUUUGGUGUCCGUGAUCGAGCUCCAUAGAAGUCGGAAGUGCCUGCACUUGCUCUGGGUCAGCUCCCAGCAGUGGGUGGAGGCUGUCGUGAAGUGCGCCAAGCUCCCCACCACCGCGUUCGUGCGGAGUUCCGAGAAGUCGGCCAGCAGCGGCUCCAAGGGAACAGCAGUGACGUCUCUGUCCCUGCAUCCAAUGCCGUCUAACUCGGUCCAGCUUGCUUGUGUGCAGCUGAUUAGAAGUCUUCUUAAAGAAGGUUGUCAGCUUGGGCAGCAAACUCUUUAUAAGCGAUUCUGGGAUAAACUCAACUUAUUCCUGCGAGGGAAUUUAUCUCUAGGUUGGCAGCUGACUAGUCAGGAAACCCAAGAGCUACAAACUUGUUUAAAGCAAAUUAUCAGAAACAUCAGACUCAAAGUACCUCAGCAUACCACUUUGGCGGAGCUGGCUCCUUCCUGUAAAACCCCUCCUGCGACUUGUGUUAAAGAAGAGAGUGAGCAGGCAGGGAAGGCGGGGGAGAGAGACCUGCGCUGCCCGGAGAGCCCGACCUCGUCUAAGCCCGUGAGAGCUAAUGGGUGUCAAGCGCAGCAGAGCAGUAGCAUGCUAAGCAAAGCGAGCGACCCUGUAGAAGAGGAUAACGAGAAGAAUUACAUAAAAAAUUUGAAACUAGAGGGCCAUCUGUCAGCUGAGUCAUGCUUAAAGCAGAGUAGUAAAAACCUUUUCCCUGAAAGAGCCCACGACCAAGUUAAAGGGAAGCAGAAGUCUGUAAAAGAUAAUUCCUCAGGUACACCACAGAAUUGUACUGCAAGAAAUGGUCCGGAAAGGGGCUGUGACCAAGGAGCAGUUCCGUCCAUGCGCCUGUCGGCUGAUUCCAGCACAGAUGCUCUGGAGAAGGGGUCCACGCCAAAGGAGGGUUUCUCUUCACAGGAUGAUGUCCUUGGCAGGCCCUCAAAGGCAAAAACUAGGGCACAGAAAAAUGAAAUCUGUGCUAAGUUAUCACGUGUAAUAAAGAAGCAACAUAGGAAAAGUGCUUUGGUCACUAGUACUGUGAAAUUAGAAGGAGACCUGACUGAAUCUAACGUUGAGAAUGUCUGUUCAAGGAAAGAUACCGGAGGUCAGAAAGGGGAUAGCUUCCUACACAAUCUCACUUUAGACCCUGAUGAUAUCCUGGAAAACACAAAUGGAGGGCACGGAUCUCCUAACAGUAUGUUGCUGAAAAAGAAACAAUUGAAGAUGGAAGAGUUAGGUGGUUUUUCUUCCCAUGAAAACGAUUGUCAGAUACAGGAAUGUCCUGUCGGUACUGAAGAUUCGGCCUUGUUUGCAGAAGUGACCGAUACUUCCAUGCAUAGAGCAUCUCCUUUUAAAGGCCCUAUGAGUUCGCCUGAAUCAAGGCGAAAGAAAGUUAGCAAGGGUGCUGAUCAGGUUUCUUCUGACUUGAUACAACAGCUCCCUAGCAUCACUCUUCAGUCUGACAUCUUAACAGAUUCUCAGGUAGACAGAGAUCUCCACAAAUUAUCAUUGAUGGCUCAAGCCAGUGUUACUACGUUUCCAUCAGAUUCAGCUCCAAAAAGCUUGCCCCAGCUACAAAGAAAAGUAAAAGAUGAUGAAGGUUUCAGAGCCAACCAAAAUAAUGUCAGGGAAACCUGCUGUGGACAAGUUAUCAUUAUUUCAGAUUCCGAAGAUAGUGGUGAUGACGAAGGAAUUGUGGGUUUGGAGAAACAUAUGAAACAAAAUAAAAUGUGUGCUGAGGAGGAACGUCCAGAGCAGCGUGCUUCGAUGGCCGAUACGCACGUGGGAAGGAAGGUAACAAAAGAAGAAAAGACAAAUUCCCCCUUGGAGUUUGAGGACUCCGAUUCUCAGGUUUUUGAGUUUGAAAGCCAAAAGGAAGUAUUUUCGGUUUGGCAAGAUCAGCAACCAGACAACAAGAAUUCCCCUCAAGGGGAUGAAAAAAGUUCGCGUUGGACGCCGGUAGCAGACGUCACAAAUGACUGGGGCUAUGACACAGACUACCCCAUGUCCGAAGACGUCACUAACAAAGGAACAGAGGGCACUGAACAUGCACAGCCACAAGGCAGUAGUACUGGUAAGGAAUCCUGUGAAGUCCAAAAACCUAAAAGAAAAAAAGUUGAAAGACCAACGGCUAAAAAUGGUGUAACGCCUUCAUCUUCUGUCAGAAAUGAGGACCAGUCUGACAUUCGUAAUGGGAGUGAGCUAACCAAAAAUAACAGAAGUACAGGCAUAAGGACCUCUUCCAAAGCAGGUGUUCAGAGAACCGCCUCGGUUUCCCUGAAGAAGCCUUCGCCAAAGCCUUGUAUUUAUUCCAAACCCGUUCGGAGAGCCCCAGUUCCCAAAACUGCUAAGAAAACACAUUCAGAUACCAGAAGAGGGCAGAAUAAGGGCUCCCAUUACAUAAGCUGCAGGACAACCCCUCUCAUAGUGCCACCAAAGAAAGACCGCCAGUGUCCCGAGCCAGCCUCCACUGUGGAGCGGCUCGGCCUGAAGAAGGGCCGUCGCCGGGCUUUCGAGCUGUCGCAGCGGUCUUUGGACUGCAUAGUGCAGCUACGUGACCACGGCAAAACCGUCGGCGUCAUUGACACCCGAAAAAAGACUAAACUGAUUUCUCCUCAGACUCUUCCUGUGAAAGACAAGAGACUGCUUGUGAGUCAAGAUCUUCAGUUUCAAAGGCAGACGAGACAGAGAUCUAAACAAGGCAGACAAGGACUUUGUGAUUCCAAACCCGCGAGUGCUGCGAGAGCAGGGCCGCGAGCGGCACGGAGCUCUGACCCAGUCACGCCAGAGCCGGGCCGGUCGGGCUGUAGCAGCAGAGGAGGGACGGGGGUCUCGGCUCGCAGCAGCGGGAACCAGUCAGCAAAACGCACGUCUCCCGAGCGAGGACCUGCACACCCACGAUCUCCUCACGUGGCUGCUGGUGCUUGUCUUGUGGACCCGUGUGAUUCCCCAGUGUUGAGUGGAAGAAGACCAAUGGAUGAAGUCACGGUCUCCACUUCAGAAGACGCUCCAGGUAGAAGGGACCUGACCGGACAGCACCUAGAGGUGGCAGCUUUGAAGAAGGCAGAGCCUGACGACGACGACAGUGACAUGGAGGGAAAUGACCUCUUUUUAACACAACACGAUCCUGAAGAUAUGGACUUGUGUUCCCAAGUGCAGAACAAUGACGAUAAACUCAUCGAAGUGGUCCAUGGAGAAAACCGAGUUCAGGUAGAAGAUUCCACACUUCAGCCUCAGUUGGAGUCUUUGAGUAGCACGAAAUGUAAGUCCCAGGGCUGUGCCGAAACUGUGAAAACCCAGGGCGACUGCUGCUCGAAACACUCGGAAGCCAAAGCGGCAGACGAAGAAGUGUUUCGCAAACCUGGCCUGCCUCUUUCUGCAUCUAAACCUUUGAGGCCUUCCACCACUAAGAUUUUUAGCUCGAGUAGUACUUCACGAACUGCUCAUCUUUCUAAGUCUUUGGAAAGUAGCUCAGCACUCCCAGCUCUAAAAAAUAAGUCAAGUGGAGGACGGUCUGCUUUGAAAGUACCGCAGCCAGCCCCUCCGGUGUCUCCGAAGCCAGUGGGAGAAGGGAAGGGUUUGUGCAACGUUCGUUCUUCUCCGGUCCCUCCAGUGUCUCCAAAGCCAGUGGGAGAAGGGAAGGGUUUGUGCAACGUUCGUUCUUCUCCGGUCCCUCCAGUGUCUCCGAAGCCAUUGGGUGAAGUGAAGGGUUUGUGCAACGUUCUUUCACCGACUCCAAGUAAUUCCAGCAGGCAAGUUUACAAACUCCCAUUUGGUGAAAGCAAACCUCUUUCAUCUUCUCUGGACAGCACUUCAUCAGAGUCCGUCUCUGACACCUUCGUUAAAGAGGUCUUAAAAUGGAAGUAUGAGAUGUUUGUGAACUUCGACCAGUGCGGGCUCCCAGCAAGUCUUUGUCAGACCAUCUCAAGACCUGUGCCUGUCAGAUUUCAAGACUGUAGCGAUUAUUUUAAAGUUUUUCUCCCUUUGAUGGUAGUGAAUACUUUUGAAACAGUAGCACAGGAAUGGAUCAGCUCUCCAAAUAAAGAAAAAUUCUAUGAGUUGCAUUUACGAAAAUUUCCUGUAGAAUACAAAAAAUACUGGGAGUUUGUUGUUUCUCUUGAGGAUUGUGAACUAGCUAAACAGCUUCAUCCGAAGGAGAAUGAUUUGGUGUUUCUGGUCCCUGAAAGUCAGAGUGGAGAGAAGAGAGAUGUGGAGGGGAACCCCAUCCAGGGUCCCCGUGAGUACCACUGUGCCUACGUCCAUAAAUUCCGCCGCACGUCAGUCCUGCGUAAUGGGAAGUACGAAUGUUUCCUUUGCAUCCAGACUCAAGGUGACUUGCCAGUCAAUCUAAGUGAAUUUGUAAAAUGUGUUGUAAUCAGUUCUCUGGUAACCACACAAAGGAAACUGAAAGCCAUGAUGUUGCUGAGUGGUCGGAACCAGCUGGCCAGAGCUAUCCUGAACCCAAACCCCAUGGACUUCUGUACAAAAGAUUUACUGGCGACAACAUCUGAGAGAAUCACUGCCUACCUAAGAGAUUUCAACGAAGAACAGAAGAAGGCGAUAGAAACCGCCUAUGCCAUGGUGAAACACUCCCCGGCAGUUGCCAAGAUCUGUCUCAUUCACGGGCCGCCCGGGACAGGGAAAUCGAAGACCAUCGUUGGCCUCCUGUACCGCCUGCUGACAGAGAGGAGGGGGCGCUUUGACGAAAACUCGAACGCCAAGAUCAAGCAGAACCGUGUGCUUGUGUGUGCGCCUUCCAAUGCGGCCGUGGACGAGCUCAUGAAAAAAAUUAUCGUCGAAUUCAAAGAAAGGUGUAAAGACAAGAAGAAUCCUAUGGGAAACUGUGGCGAUAUCAAUUUAGUGCGUCUGGGGCCAGAAAAGUCGAUCAAUAAUGAGGUCCUGAAAUUCAGUUUGGACAACCAAGUCAGCCACAGAAUGAAAAAAGAUUUACCAUCUUACGUUCAGGAGAUGCAUAGAAGAAAGGAGUACCUAGACCAUCAGCUAGAUGAACUUUCCCGCCAGCGUGCCCUGUGCCGAGGUGGGAGGGAAAUGCAGAGGCAAGAAUUAGAUGAAAGAAUUGCUCACGUUUCCAAAGAAAGGCAGGAACUUGCUUCUAAAAUUAAAGAGGUUCAAGGGCGCCCACAGAAAACCCAGAGCAUCAUCAUCCUGGAGUCCCACAUCAUCUGUUGCACCCUGAGCACGAGCGGCGGCCUGCUGCUCGAGUCUGCGUUCCGGGGGCAGGGGGGCGUCCCCUUCAGCUGUGUCAUCGUCGACGAGGCCGGGCAGGCUGGUGAGGUCGAGACCCUCACCCCACUCAUCCACCGCUGCAACAAGCUGAUCCUCGUGGGGGACCCGAAGCAGCUCCCCCCCACGGUUAUCUCCCUGAAGGCGCAGGAGCACGGCUACGACCAGUCGAUGAUGGCCCGCUUCUGCAAGCUGCUGGAGGAGAACGUGGAGCACAACGUGAGCGGCAGGUUGCCCAUCCUGCAGCUGAGCGUCCAGUACAGGAUGCACCCCGACAUCUGCCUCUUCCCUUCCAAUUACGUGUACGGCAGGAGCCUGAAGACCCACAGAAUGACAGAGACCAUCCGGUGCUCGUCCGAGUGGCCGUUUCAGCCCUACCUGGUGUUCGAUGUCGGAGACGGCUUGGAGAGGCGGGACAACGACUCUUACGUGAAUGUUCAAGAAAUAAAAGUGGUCAUAGAAUUGAUCAAACUUCUUAAAGACAAAAGAAAGGACAUUACUUACCGGAAUGUUGGCAUCAUAACCCAUUACAAGGCUCAGAAGAUGAUGAUUCAGAAGGAGUUGGACAAAGAAUUUGAAGGAAAGGGGCUGGCAGAGGUAGAUACCGUGGACGCAUUUCAGGGUCGUCAGAAAGACUGUAUCAUUGUUACGUGCGUCAGAGCGAACACUGUGCAAGGUUCAAUUGGGUUUCUGGCGAGUUUGCAGAGACUGAAUGUCGCCAUCACACGAGCCAAGUACAGCCUCUUCAUCCUGGGCCACCUGCGGACCCUGAUGGACAACCAGCACUGGAACCACCUGAUUCAGGAUGCACAGAGGCGCGGUGCCAUCAUCAAGACCUGCGACAAAAACUAUAAACACGACGCAGCCAAGAUCCUGAAACUGAAGCCCAUGCUGCAGCGAAGUCUGACCCACCCCCCUUCCCUGGCCCUGGAGGGCUUCAGCCUCCAGGGCGGCUCACCCAGCAGCAGGCCAGACAGCGAGAUUAUCAAGGCUUUGUUUGCAUCUUUCCUGUAUGCCACGCACCAUGACCCUAAGGACGCUGCUGUUACUGUUGCUGCCAUGGACCCUGAGAGGCCUCCAGUGAAGGACCAGCUGCGGGACCCACGACUGCGUAGAAGGAUGGGCUUGAGCUCCGAAGCCCAAGGGAAAUGCCUGAGGGACCCAGAGCCCUCGAGCCCCCAGCACCAGGGAGCAACGCCUCCCUUGGGCGAGCCCGGCUUCCCUGCGAGCCCCCAGGUGCUGGGCAGCACCGUGGAGUGGUCCACGGCCACAGGGAGCAUCCACAGACCGUAUGUGCCGUGUGACCCUCCUGCUGCCAGCACCGCUGCCACAGCUCCAAGUGUGUAUGACCAGGAGUGGGGGCACAGCCACCAAAGAGACGCCGGGGCUUUCAGGAACUGGGACCAGGAGAUGCCCAGCCCUGUGAGCCAUCACCCCAAGAGGAACUCUGGCCGGGACAGGAGGAGACCGGAGGAGGAGGACAGCAGUUCAAAGAAGAGAAAACUGUAGGAGAGCCAGGCGACGGACCCAGUCGGCCACAAGUACUGUCCCAGUUUCAGGUGACCGGCCACCAGGACUGUCCAGAUAAGACUUGUUUUCCUUUAGAGGAGUGUUGUGUGUAGUGCUGGGGACAUGGGGGGCACAGCCUGCCUCCGGGCCUGCGGGUCGCCCUCGGCACCUUCCCGUCUGUUGCAAACCCUCCCAGAGGGCACGUGAGUGUCGGUCGUGAUGCCCCUGGGCCACGUGCUCGGAAUGCUGGUCUCCGGUUCCCCGUGAGAGGGUCAGGCCCGACCGAGCGAGUGCCGUAGAAGCUGAAAUGCACAUUUGUACAGCAAACAGCAAAGUCCUCUUAAAAUUUAAUCUGUAGAUCACUUUUCUUCCUCCUGCUUAAAAUGUUAUUUUCACCAGAAUCGACUUUAUUUUAAAAGAAGAAAGAAAAGCAGGAGGACAGGCCCUCUCAGCCCUCGUGAGGCAGGUCUCUGGCAGGUCAGGCCACAUCUCCCCAAGGGGUCCUGGUCACCAGGCCACCUGGGAACCGUGAGGGCAGGCCAGGUGCACUGUUUCGGGUGGGAACCGGGACACCUGCUCCGAGAGAGGCUGGCAGAGGGUGCAGGUCCUCCGAGUUCAGACCGGGGUGAGAGUCGCUGUUCCCUGCGGCCUUUGGGGGCUCUGUUAACUGGCGAGAGCGUGUGGUGGUGGAGGGCCCGGUGAGGGGCCUGGCCUCCUGUGAUGCAGAAGUGGCUGUCGUGCGUGGGUGUGACAGACCUGGGGGGGGGAACCGAGCCCUCACAGACGGCCCGGAGCCGCGGGUGCUGAGCCGUGUUCAGGGCGACACGCCCCAGCCCACCAGCUGAUCGGGAGGGGACAAGCCCUGGAGUUGGACGGGCCGUCUGAAGCCACCUUUGUUGUCUGCUUUUAAGCAGACAGGGCUCUGCACUGCUCAGAAGUCUCUGCCACAGCAGGUCACUGAGAGCUCUGUAAAGAGUGUGUGGUUGCCAAAGCUCCCAGCGCUGCACGUUCCCUUGACCCGUGUCCCUCACUGGUGUCCACACAGCACUCCUGUCAGCGGGGAGCACGCCUGCCUGGGCACUGGGGAGAGGCAAGCCGAGCCGAGCUGGAGAGGGAAGUGCAGGGUGGGGUCGGGGCCCCACGAGCUUCGUGCGUGUGCCCGGGCACGAGAUCUCAUUGUCGCUUAAGUUUACUUUCCUGCGACCUGGGGAAAUGCUCGGUUCUGCAGAUCCCUGCAGCGGUGACCGGUCAGAACUAAGAACACUGCGAGCUGGUGCUGGAAGUGAGGACCCCAGGCCCGAGCAGCUACUGCUGGGAAAGCUUGGCACCCGUCCCUGCGCACCAUCCAGGUGGGGACCCACACGGCCCUUCCCAAGGGGCGAGCCUGCGCCCCGACAGCCCCUCCCCGCCCGGCCUUGCCCCGAAACCGGUCCUGUUGAGUUGGUUAAAAAAAAUUGCAUAAAAGCCUCUCGUGUGUGUCCCAUGGCCUUUCCCGCCGUGGCUGUCACUCACAGCAGUGUUGCUGCGGGCGGUCAGCUCACUGCAAGGCGGGAAAGGGCUCGUGGCGAGCACGUGUCUUCUCUCACUGUCCGUUCUUUCAGCACGAGUGGGUUUCGCUCUGCCUCUUCGGUGUCACUUGCCUUGGGUUGACUGUGCACAGUUCGUGUUUCAUGUAGUACCAGGAGCCAGUUUCGAUAAGUACGUGUGAAUAAUCUGUAAAGGAGUUUUAUAACCAAGAUGCACUAAACUAUUUUCUGAAGCUAGUUGUGCACAUUAUAAUUUUUUGCUGUAGCUUUGAUUUUUCUAUGCGCUGAAUUCCUAGCAGAGAUUUGGCAAACAUUCAAUCUGUUGUCUUUGUUAAAACCUGAAUUUUAAGAGAAAACUGCAGAAUUAAAAUGUGGAAACACGA